GUGUUUUUUUUUCUCGGCAUUCUACAGCACAUGGCUUCCAAAGUUAUUAUUCAAUUUUCUCUACUUUUCUCUACAACAGUAAUAAUUAAUUAAAAUAAAUCAAAUAAUCUGUUAAUUAACGGGAGCAGUUUUUAGUAUGACGUGAUAAUUAAAUAAUUUGUCGGUAAAAAAUGGCCAGAAUUUGUCCGCUGUGUCGAAAACUGGGGGAGAUUAGAGAACUACAAUCGGUGCCAAUAAACGCCGAGGAAUCUGUACUGUUGUGUCCUAAUUUCAAGUGCGUCUGGCCAUUAGGUUACGAAGGAUUUCAAUUCGUACCCAGUCCUAUGCCACAUCUAGGACAAGUACCAACAGUAAAAGCAAGUAAAUGUACUCCAGCAAUACCCAUUUCUACAGAGUUGUCGCUGUACACUCCGCCGGUGACACCAAGUGACACUCAAGACACCACGACAAAUUUAAAAGGUACAAGCACAGACUCAUACGCGUCAUCCCCGGGGGCUGUAACUAACAAUCAAGUAUCAGCAGACACUUCGCCGAGUAUUUUUGACAUCGACUCGCCGGAAAAAAACAGGAAACAAAGUCCGUUGUUGCAGAGCUGUGAUAAAAAAACACUAGGAAUAAGUAAUGUAAGUGGAAGUAACGUCAGUAAGAAUAAAAAAGUUCGCCCGAAGGUAGAGAGCAUUGAGAGAGUAAAUGUCAACAUGUCUGAUGUAAAAAGAAUAAAAUUGAAUAGUAAUUUAGUUGGUCCUGCUCAGCAGGGAGUUAGAAUUUUGAAGAAAGUUGUCAAGAAGAAAGCCAACGUCUCUGCUGAUGGAAAAAUUAAUAGUGUAAAUAAUUGUACGAAUAAAAGGCCGAUGCUGAUGCCUUGUAAUUAUGAUACUUCAAAACUGCCAAAGAUAAACUCGGAUGUUAAUACUAGUAAAUUAAGAACGUUGUUGGAGAAGGUGCAGGUUAAGGAGAGCAAAAAUGAUGAGGAAAAAAAUUUUGCUGUAAUUGAAAAUUCGCAGGGAACUUGCAAGGAUUUUUUGACACUUCCGUCUGGCAAUUGCAAUAAUUCAGGUGCUGGUACACCGACAGUUAUGGAUGAAGAUAUUAAUUUACAAAGUAUUAUUGACGAUCUUGAGGCGAGUAAUUCAGUGAGUCACCAAGUGACUGACGAAGAUGACUGGAUCAGCGCAUUGGUUCUGUAAAUAAUUCGCUUUAUUUUUUACGGCUGUUAAAUAAACCAGCCAAGUUCGUUGAUUAAUAAAAAAGCGACUGGAGAGCUACUAAUUAUAGUUUAUUAAUGAAUUAAUUUUGUACAAUCGUAGGCAAUCAUUUGUAUUAUCGUUUAGUUUUCACAAUUAAUUAUCUAAUUAGUAUUUAAAUACUGUACAAAAUAGGCAAGUCGCGGACGGGCCGAGCGUAAAAUUAAGCCACUAAUUAAAGGAAAGAUAUUUUCACAAUUAAUUAUACUUUGAAAUUUCGUAGACUAGUACUUUUCUAAUCAUCUUAUUACAUGAUUCAUCACUAUUAUUGUUAUUAUUAUUUAAACGUGAGUAAAUAAUUAAGCUAUUGUUUCAGUGUACUGUAAAAUAAGUUUAAAAAUUUUUUGUUACAUGGUUUUCAUUACGAACAACAAAAUUACAAGCAAUUAAAAUUUGUUUACUCUAAAAUUUAUCAUUUAAAUUAAAUGACCAAAUAAAAAUAAAUUUAAUAUUUC